UCGACUUCCCCUCUAGAAAAAACAGUAUGAUCCUGGGUGACCCGCUAGUCGUGAAGACAGCCAACUUAGAGAAAAAACCAUGACCACUCAGUUCCUGUGGUCACAGUCCUGCCCCUCCCUUGCCUGCUGAGAGUAAUAAAUCCUGAGACUGAAGAUAGAGCCAGUGCCUGCCAGGAGCAGCCUCUCUGAGAAGAUGAAUCUUCUUCCUGUCCAUCUAAUGUUCCUUCUCCUCUGCUCCAGCGCCAAAGCCGGGGACAUCAUCGGGGGCACAGAGUGCAAACCACACUCCCGCCCCUACAUGGCCUAUCUGGAAAUUGUCACUUCCCAGAAUUACCUGAGAGCUUGUGGUGGCUUCCUGAUAAGGCGAGACUUUGUGCUGACAGCUGCUCACUGUGCAGGAAGAUCUAUAAAGGUCCUCCUAGGAGCCCAUAACAAAACAGUGAAAGAAGACACAUGGCAGACACUUGAGGUUGAAAAGCAAUUCCCUCAUCCAAACUACGAUGACGAUUUGAUUCUCCAUGAUAUCAUGUUACUGAAGUUGAAGGAGAAAGCCAACCUGACGCUGGCUGUGGGGACUCUCCCGCUCCCAGCCCAAUUCAACUUCAUCCCACCUGGGAGGAUGUGCCGGGCAGUUGGUUGGGGAAGAACAAAUGUGAACGAAUCAGCCUCCGACACCCUGCAGGAAGUGAAGAUGAGACUCUUGGACCCCCAAGCCUGCACACACUUCAGUUUGCACCACAAUCUCCAGCUUUGUGUGGGCAAUCCCAGGAAGAGGCAGUCCGUAUACAAGGGAGACUCUGGAGGUCCUCUUCUCUGUGCCGGGGUAGCCCAGGGCAUUGCAUCCUAUGUACAUCGGAAUGCAAAGCCCCCUGCUGUCUUCACCAGAAUCUCCCAUUACCGGCCCUGGAUCAAUGAGAUCUUGAGGGAGAAUUAACCCUGGAAAUGAGGAACUGGACCGGAACCAAUUCUCUGUGCCUGCCAUGUGAUCU